AUGGCGUUCCAAACAAGGGUUUUGAGAGACGGCGAGUGGGUUACCGAAACCGUGAACCUGCAGGCUGCCUUGAAAGCCUCUGCCGCUCCACAACCGGCCUCUGAGCCUCUGCAACAACCUCCAGUCUGCGGCAUUCUCACUCAUACCAUUGUUGAGAGCCCUGUUGUUCGAUGGGUGCUACCAGUUCGACUGCGCUCUAGUACGCACAACGACAUUGCCUUCAUCGGUGAACACUUCCUCCAAAUCAGCCAACUCGGGAGAGACGGUCAGGUCCAUGACGUCUUGCGCAAGUCCGACUUUGGGUUCAGGAUCCGAAAUGCAGUUGUCCUCGGCGAUAGCUUGGAGCACGGCUUGGAUGAUGACCCGUACGGCGUCCCCAUCAAGUCCGAACCCCCGUCCUCUCCACUGUCUCCGGGUGCGCAUGGAAUCUUGGACGGGCUUCAAAGUCGCUCGCUUCCGCCGCAGGUGCUCGUCUUGAUGCUCGAGUCCUGUCAGUUGCUCUUCAUCUUUGUGAGAGAACAACCGGACCAGACGCUCGAGUUUGUCAUCACCACGUAUGAAAACCCCAGGCUGCUACCCUACUUGGGCUAUCAGCUUGCCGUGGACCCGUCUUCUCGGUACAUGGCUGCAGGAUCUCCGGAAGGUCUAUUCGUGGUCUACGAGUUGGAAGCAUUGUCUGAGCUCAACAAACAGUAUGCAGAGCACGGAUCUAUCGAGCCCAUCAAGUCCAUACGCAUCCGAACUGUCAGCGGGGCCAUUCAUAAGCUGGAGUUCUUAUAUCCUCGCCCCGAGGAUGACUAUCACAUCAUCCUGCUCUUGGUCGUCGCUCGACGCGAACGGAGUCGCGGGCCCCCCGCUUCCCGCAUGGCAACUUAUGAAUGGGAGCUGGGCGACGAUCUCCAAUCCAUUUUCGCCGAAGAGAGGACUGGCACUCGACUUCCCAAAGAGCACAGAUUGCCCCUGCUGCUGAUUCCCAUCAGAUUCAAAACCGCCUUUUUCGCCGUUUCCCACUCUCACAUAGGGGUUGUAAAGUAUGCGCUCUCGGGCGCACCCGAAUUCGAAUCUUUGCCGACCCAACCCCCUCCGCGGACGCCGCAGCAUCAUGGCGUUGACGAGCCGCUCUGGGUCGCCUGGGCAAGGCCAUUUCGCAGGAAGAAAUACUUUGCAAAAACCGACAUCAUUUAUCUGGCCCGUGAAGACGGCGCAAUUAUCCACAUCGAGAUAGACGCGGCCGAACUCUUGCCUUCCGUAACCAACGUCGGAUGCCUGGGAGCCAACAUUGAUACAGCUUUCAAUACCGCAUACGAUAUCUUUUCCGACGUUCUCAUUAUCGGCGGAGAGUCUGGCCCAGGCGGCAUCUGGAAGCUCGCCCCUCGUCAGGACAUCCAGCGUGUUAGCAGUCUUCCCAAUUGGUCUCCCGUCAUCGACAUGACCACGACGAAUGACUACUCCAGCUGGCACCCGAACAAAGCAGACCUCCAGCUAGCGCAGCCGAGGCCAACGACGCAGCGCCGCAACAAGAUGCGUAAACAAGACGACAUCUUCAGCGCAUCUGGUCGUGGCCUUACCGGGAGCGUAGUGCAAUGGAGAUGGGGUAUACAGGCUCGAAUCGGCUUGGACAUUGAAACAGGUGAGCCCAUAAGGCAAGCAUGGACCUUUACCACGCAUCAGGCCAAUGAGAGAGUGCUAUAUGGCCUUCUGGCGCUACCGCAUUCAUCAGUUGUCCUUCGCUUCUCAGAGAGCCUUGACCAGGUCGAUGCCGUACCGCCUGAAGACACCCCCUUCGACCUGGCCUCCAGGACUUUACACGCUAUCCAGGUGGAGGAUAGUAUAGUUCAGGUGACUGAAAGAUCCAUCAAUGUGGCUACUCCUACAGCAAGCUCCCAAUGUCGCAUCGGAAAAGUCCUUGGCAUACCUGAUGCCGCCGCGGAGAGUGCUUUCUGCAUUGGACAUACUGUCGUAUUCUCUACACACAUUGCUCCAGUGUCUCGGCUGCAUGUUAUGACCGCCGAAGGCAUCGAGUUCUCCUUGGCGGGAAGCUGGGAUGCGCAGGGUGAGGUAACCUGCGUUUCGAUAUUCUCAGUGUCGAACAAGAGUUUCAUUGCCGCUGGGUCCAUGUACAACGGAGUGCCGUGGAUAUCCAUCUACUCAACAACUGGCCAGGAGAUUGUGUCCGGAUCCGUCUCGUCUGGCCAAGCGGACGAAGGUGGUGGUGCUGAGCUUGAGGCACUGACCAGCAUCUCUGUAGCCCAUCAGGGAGAGGAUCAAGUUGACCUUGUGCUGGGCACUCGAUGCGGCAGCCUUAUCACAGCUCGCAUAUCUGACCAGUCUCCGGACAACCUGACGUGCAACUCGGAAGUCGUUGGGGUAGCGCGGGUCGACGUCUUCCCAACUUCAGUGCCAUACACUGGAACGUCGUCGGCUUUUGCUUGCUGUGACAACAAAUUGAUAUUGCUCAGCAAUUUCUCACCAGCUGAAGGCAAGUUCAACAGCAAACAUUACAUAUGGCCGACGGAUUUGAGCGAUCCGCAAAUGCCCUGCCCCCCGAUUCACUCCAUCCACAGGAUUACACAGAACCUAUCAGGGCAAGAUGGGCAUACAUCACUUCUUAUCCUCGCUGGAUCGAGGCUGCUCUUGGCCGACUUCGGUCCGCAUAUCGGAAAUGUGCCUAGGUCUAUCCCGCUUCGAGGCACCCCAUCAAGGAUCAUCUUCUCGCAGACGCUCAACUGCCUCGUCGUCGCGAUGAUUAUCGAUGACAGGCCCACUCUGAGAUUUAUCGACCCCGAUUCGGGAGCGACAAUUUCGGUCGCUACCGACAAGGAUCGACGAGAAGUCGAAUUCAUCUCUGGCCUGGGCCGUUACGGAGAUAGGGUAUUUGGGUUGCAUGAGUGGCUGUACAAAAAGGACGGCAAGGUAUUUCCGUUCAUACUCGUGACUACACAAGGCGGAGAGCUCAUCAUCGUAUCCACGGAAAAACUCCAUGCUCGUUCGGCCGAAGGCGAGGGCAGACUGCUCAGAUAUUGGACACGGUAUAAGAAGCGUCUUCCUGGCGAAGUAUAUUCAAUCACGGCAGAUGCAGAAGGGCUGAUAUACUGCGUCGGCAAGACGCUCCAUUGGGAAGUCCUGGAUCUGGCGGAGAGAAAACUGAAGCCUGUGAAGCAAUUCCUGUUGGACUCCCCCGCGAUAUCUCUACGCGUGUCAAAGGGCAAGAUCUUUGCAUUGACGGCUUUGCACUCUCUUGAAGUGAUUGACUACCAGUCCACGGAAGAUGGCAGCAUGGAGCUCGUCCACGGCGACCAGAUCUCCCGGAGAGCAGUUCAUAUGAUUGACAUUGGUGAUCCCACUGACGGUCAUGGCCAGUGGCCAUUGACUCUUGUCUCAGACCAGGUGUGCGUCAUAGCUGGCCUGUGGAUUCCCUUGGGCCAACGGGACAGGGAAUUCGAGGUGGUAUUCGAAGCCAUGCUGCCAUCCUCGGUGAGGAGGUUCGUGCGAGCACGCAGCAGGCCCCCGUGGCUCGUGGAUAAUACGCAGCGGCGCUAUGGGACGUUACCGAGCAGCCAUGAUGGAUCGGAUAUCAUUGGCGUAUCACUGGACGGCUCGUUGCAUCAGCUUUCGCUGCUUGGCAUUGAGUUGUGGCGGUUGUUGCUCAUGAUCCAGACAUUGGCGCAAACCAAAGGAGGCAUUACUUCCCUCGACACACUGCAAGUCGAUAACAGGGUGGACAUUCUGGAUCUGGAACUGCAGCCCACGCCAAAGAUCACGCACAUUGACGGCGACCUGCUAAAAAGGUGCCUGAAGUUGCGCAUCUUGGAAAAGCUCGUGGGACCCGAUGACGUUUUCUACGUGUACUGCUACCACCUCGAUGCGAUAGGGGGAGGGAGUUACACCGUCGGUUUCAAAGAUGAAGGAGAAGUUAGGCGGAGAGAAAGAUAUUUCGAGCUGGGCUACGAGAUUAUCAAGUUUCUCGUCGCACCGGCACUGUAG